GCACUGCGAAUCAAAUUUCUUCCUCCCACCAUUGACAAAAAGAGGUUAUUAACUUUUUUCACGAAAUAAACAGUUAGUUUAAAAUAAUUUUAAGUUUUUACGCGGUUAAAUAAUGUGUUUUUCUCUUAUUCGGACCGCUGGACCUUAAAAUUACUCGGGGGGACAAUAUCAGUGCCUUUUUCGUGCUCCCACAAGUGACAGCUGUGCUAGGCGGUACCUUUCUCUACAAUACACGAUUUUUAACGUUAAAUUACUACAAAUGUAUAAAUUAUGACAAAGAAACUGUAAAGGAGAGAUCGAUUCACCCGAAACCAUGUCUAAAAAUAAUUUGAUCAGUUCAAGAAGUAUAUCUCCAGCUAGUUUUAAUUCACUGCGAUCCGAUUCGGAGAAGUCGUUCGAAAAUGGAUUAGACGAUACGAUAAAAGCGAAAAACAGGCCUUCCUCAACAGCAAGAACAGCCAAAGCGAAAAGGGUCAGGUUUUACCAUAAUGGCAACAAGUUUUUUAAUGGAAUUGUGAUACCAGUAGCUCACGAGCGGUAUAGGUCUUUCGACAGUCUCACUAGUGAACUUACAUCAAUACUAGCCAAAAAUGUUACAUUACCAAAUGGUGUACGAAAUAUAUAUUCUAUGGAUGGAAAAAAGGUGUUAACUAUAGAAGAGUUAGAAGACGGCAAGGAGUACGUGGUUAGCGGUAAAGGUGAGACUUUCAAGAAAGUAGAGUACUCCAAAACGGACACACUGAAAGCCCGAAAGACGAAUAGGAAUAAUAGUUCUCUGAUCAGCGCGCCUAAAAUCGCACCACCCGACUGUGUCCGACCGAGGAUAGUGACCAUUAUACGACAUGGGAUUAAACCCAGAAAGAUUUUACGGUUACUUUUAAACAAAAGGAAUUCGUCGAGUUUAGAACAAGUUUUGGGUGCUUUCUCCGAAGUCGCCCAGUUAGCCGUUAGGAAAGUUUUUACAUUAUCAGGUCAGCCCGUGACAGCUCUUCCCCAUCUUUUCGAGUGCGAAGAUGUCUUCUUCAUCUAUGGCAACGAGCGACAUUCGCAGGACGACUUCGAGUUGGAUUUCGAGGAGAGCAAGACUAUACAGCAAUACAAGAAAACCCCUGGUCUACGAAAUGGUGCGGGACCCAAACCGAAAAUGCCUAAAAAAGAACUGAACAGGACUUACGACUCCGAAGAGAGUCUGCUAAGGAAACUGAGUCUAGAUAAUAAUAUCGUAUUGCCCGCCGGCAUGAAGGGCAGAUACAGCGUGGGCAGGAUGAUAGGGGACGGCAAUUUUGCCAUCGUGCGGCUGUGCAAGGAGGUGAUAUCCGAACGAGAAUACGCUUUAAAAAUUAUCGAUAAAUCUAAGUGUAAGGGAAAGGAGGAUAUGAUCGAAAACGAAGUGAAAAUCCUAAGGAUGGUGACGCAUUCGAAUAUAAUGUCCCUAAUUGAGGAACACGAUUCGAAGAACAUGCUGUAUUUGGUGUGCGAGUACGUAGCGGGGGGUGAUCUGUUCGACGUCAUCACCGUGGCUCAGAAGUUUUCCGAAGAACAAGCCGCCUUGAUGGUGAAACACCUUGUGUCCGCCUUAGGCUACCUGCAUAAUUUAAAUAUCGUGCAUAGGGACGUCAAACCAGAAAAUCUACUGGUUGAAAUGGACAAUGGUAAGAUCAAGUGUUUGAAACUGGGUGAUUUUGGACUAGCCUGCGAAGUGACUGGACCUCUUUACACUGUUUGCGGAACUCCUACUUAUGUGGCUCCCGAAAUACUGGCUGAAAGUGGAUAUGGACUGAAGAUCGAUGUGUGGGCUGCGGGAGUUAUUUUGUACAUCCUCUUGUGUGGGUAUCCACCUUUUGCUAGUCAAGACAAUGAUCAGGAGAAGCUUUUUGAUUGCAUUUUGUCAGGCCAGUACGACUUCCCCGACGAGUUCUGGCAAGACGUCUCUUCCCUGGCUAAGGAACUGAUCCAGAACAUGUUGCAGUUGGUGCCAGAUUUGCGGUUUUCCGCAGAGGAUGUCCUGGACCAUCCUUGGCUCUCUCUGGCGAACUAAACGUUCUCCAUGUUAAGCUGGAGGACGAAGUGACGUUGCUGUGAAUCAAAGGUCUGAAAAAGUGACAAAUGGCUUAAUACCAUUGACGUAGCGGUAAGAGAAACUACCACAGAAUAGAACCCCAUACGUAGGUUAUCUCCGCCCAAACAAAAAGCUUUUCAAAUUAAUAAGAGGAACCUAGAAAACAGUACAAGUACCUCUGAUUGUCUUACCCUUUUACUAAAGUUUACUCCCAAUAUACUGCACAUUUGUUUUUAUUAACACUUUUACAGCGUAUUUCAUUAAAUUUUGUCGUUCUUGCUGUUGCGGUAAACGCAGAUUGUUGUUCGAACAAUCGCUAGUAAUAAUUACUUUUUACAAAGAAACUAAAAGACGAAAAGACUGAGUAGUACCGCAACAGUAAGAUCUGUGUGUUGAUGUUUACUUCGUGUGUGCAAUAUCGAACCGAAACCAACUGGUGAUUGAGGCCUGAUAUACGAAUUCGUGACGUCAAGGAAGUAGAUUACUCUCCGGUCUGUGAUCGUUCAACGUUACGUCAUCAAGCGUUUUCGGGUGUGUCUGAGAUCAGUUCAUAUUGUUUAGAACAUUUUAAGUACGUUCUUAAAUUAUUAAUUGAACGUGUUCUGUUUUUAUCAAUUUCAAGUAGGUAUGUUAGACAUUUAUUCAGUUCAAUUGUGUUUCAAUCCCUAGAUAGCAUCUAAAAAUAUAAGUAUAUUAACUUCAGUGGCAAAUAAAAUUUUAAUAUACCUACAGCAAAUUUUUAUUUCGCAUCAUGUCAGAUAGAUUAAAAUGCGAUCUACUCAUGUGACGUCACGUUAGGCCUCUAUCAUCACGUAGGUCGCGGAAAUACCAAACAAAAUGAUCUCGCUCUAAGCAACGAUCAGCGGUACAACGUUAGUCGCCUAUAAGAGAUAUCUGUAACAAAUUUCGCGUCGCAAACUAAUAAAUUAUAAUCAAAAACAGGCAAGUAAAACUAACAGUCGGAAAUUAAUUAAUAAGUGUAAAUAGUAUCGAAAGUUUUAACACAAACGAAGCUUUUAAAAAGUUAGAUUUAAAGUAUGCUAAAACGCACCAGGCCUUGUUAUAUUUUGUUGCUUUUAUUAUUUUUUUUGUUCGUUUUGCUUGUACAGGGUGUUUUAUUUUAAAAAUUAAAAUUUUAAGCCUAGAUUGUACAUUCGUGGAUAAAGCUACAUCAUUCAUGAAUUGUGAUUUUAGAAUUUCUCCUUUAACUGUUUUUGUUAUUUGGUUUAGUCAUUGAUCGUUUUUUUUAUUGAUUAUACGGUAUAUUCUAACGGAAAAAAA